GACGUCCUGCGAGCUGCGAAUUUACUUGGAGCUCAUUGGUCCAAGUCUCUGUCAGUCACACGGGGCCUGGACAUGGCGGUCGCCGGCAGCUGGCAGCCUCCCCGACCCUGCGAGGUCUACCGCGCCGAGUGGGAGCUCUGCCGCAGCGCCGGCCACGUCCUACAUCACUACUACGUCCACGGCGAGCGGCCCGACUGCAGGCAGUGGCUGCGCGACCUGGCCAGCUGCCGCGAGUGGGAGGAGAGUCACAGCCCCCAGGCCCAGCAAUCCCUCUGUGAGAGUGAGCAGGCACGGGUCCAGGCUGCACAGAAGCACACCCUGGUAUGGACCUUGAGGCAGAGGCCCCCUGCAGACUGGAACCUACCUCUACCACCAGAGAAGGACAAGUGAUGAGUGAUGAGCAACUGCAACCCUGUCCUUGCCCUGGACUUGGACUAGCUUCCACCUGACCUGGAACACAGAGGAAGGCAUUUCCAGGUCUGACUGCCAUUGUCCACCUGUACCCGGGCAUCUCACCACUGUGACACUCUGAAAGACACCUGUGUCCGCAAUGGCAGGAAGCCAAGUACUGUGGCAGGUACCUGUGAGCAGCCUGGUUGGUCCAUCUUGUCCAUGCCACCACCCCUGAGAACAACCACACCAGGACCAGGUGACAGUCCUGAUGUGUGAGAAUCUCAAGUCUACAGUGGCAGCCCUGCUCUGUGUGGGCACAUGACACAGUAGUCAGAAUAAGGUUGCUAAAUGGUUCUGCUGCACAUGGCUUUCUCUGACCAUGAGAAAUGGACGUCAAUGGCUUGGUUUUGCUGAUUACCAUGUUAUCCAAGCAUGGAGCUCUUACUUGCUCUGCUCCCCUGGAGAUAUAGUAGAACCUGCUUAGUGGGCAGGGCAACUUGCCCCUCUGUACUAGUACCUUUUACUGGUUUUUGCAGACUUUUAAAAAGAAAUACACAUGGCCUUGCAGGAACUACAGAAUUUGGGGUCUAGAAAUCCAAGUCACAAGCAGAGUCAGGGUUCAAGUCCAAGGAAUAUGGGAUUUAGGUCUUCUGAUUUCUCCUCGUCGUUAUUGUAUUAAAAAGUGUUUCACAUGUUCGAUUCCAAAAGCAACCUGAAAAUUAAAGCCAUGUUUGUUACACUUUAUACCUGUCCUAGUUAGAGUAUCUAUUGCUUCAAUGAAACACCAAGUUGGGGAGGAAAGGGUUUAUUUGGUUUGCACUUCCAGAUCGUUGUCCAUGAUUGGAGGGAAUCAGGAUAGGAGCUCAAACAGGGCAGGAACCUAGAGGCAGGAGCUGAUGCAGAAGCCAUGGAGGGGUGCUACUUACUGGUAUGCUCCUCAUGGCUUGCUCAACCGGAUUUCUUUUUUUUCUUUUUUUUUUUUUUAAAUAUUUAUUUAUUAUGUAUACAAUAUUCUGACAGAAGAGGGCACCAGGCCUCAUUACAGAUGGUUGUGAGCCACCAUGUGGUUGCUGGGAAUUGAACUCAGGACCUUUGGAAGAACAGGCAAUGCUCUUAAACUCUGAACCAUCUCUCCAGCCCUCAACCUGAUUUCUUAUAGAACUUAGGACCACCAGCCUAGGAAUGGCACCAUCCACAAUGGGCUAGGCCCUUACCUAUAGAUCACCAAGAAAAUGCCCACUAGGUAGUGGAGGCACAUGCCUUUAAUCCCAGCACUCAAGAGGCAGAGGCGGCAGGUGGAUCUCUGUGAGUUUGAGACCAGCCUGGUCUACAUAGUGAGCUUCGGGACAGACAAGGCUACAUAGAGAAACCCUUUCUCAAAAAAUAAAAUAUACAGAUGCCCUGCAGCUGGAACUUAUGGAGGCAUUUUCUCAAUUGAAAGAUUUCCGCUGGGCGGUGGUGGCGCACAUCUUUAAUCCCAGCUCUCGGGAGGCAGAGGCAGGCGGAUCUCUGAGUUCGAGGCCAGCCUGGUCUACAAGAGCUAGUUCCAGGACAGGUAGUUCCAAAACCAUAGAGAAACCCCGUCUCAAAAAACCAAAAGAAAAAGAUUUCCUUCUUUCAUAUAAUUCCAGCUCAGGGGUUCUCAGCCUUCCUAACGCUGUGACCCUUUGAUACAGUUCCUCAUGUUGUGGUAACCCCCAACCAUAAAAUUAUUUUUGUUGCUACUUCAUAACUGUAAUUUUGCUAGUGUUAUAAACCAUGAUGUGAAUAUCUGGUAUGCAAUCCCUGUGAAAGCAUGGUUUGACCUCCAAAGAAAUUUCAAACCACAUACAAACAUGCCGUCUUCAGGGGCAGUCACUGCGAGGUGGGGAGUCUUCAGCUUAGCUGCCGCUGUUUCAAAAUGAGCAUUUCCUGACAGUGAGGGCCGAGAAGGUUCUAGAGAGUUGCAUUCUGCAUGUUCUCUCUGGAAGGGCAGCUGUUACCUUGAGCCAGCUCCUAUACCAGUUCAUAAAAGAGUUCUCAUGCAGGGACACUUCCUGUCACCUGCUUUUUUGUUCCAAGCUGUAAAUCCCACACCAACAUAGAACUUGGAUAGAAUUUUCCUGCAUUUAUACUGUGUUCAUUCAUUUUUGUUCCUUUUUCAGUCUUGAGAAACAAAAAUAGGACAUUAUGUAAGGGGGCCUCAGAGUCAGUACAGAACAUAUCUCAGCACCAACGAGAUUUAUUACCCUGGAGGGACGAGUGUGUGUGUGGGAGGGGGUGAGGGGGCUGCCUCUGGAUUGAACAAAGACAGACAGCAGGUGUUUCUGCAGGAGUGCUUUUUAAGGAGAAAGGGGAAUCUGUGCUAGGGUGGGUUGGUAUGUCCUGAUUGGACAGGUUAUCCAGUGUAGCCGAAUAAUGAAUUUUAAUUGCUGGAUCUCUGAGUUUUAGUGAGGCAUAAGGAAGUGGUCAAAUGAGGGAACAGACCUUGUGGCUAGCUUUAGGAAUGCAAUCUAACAUUUUAGCAAGGGACAGGGAAGGGGAAAGGGCAAGACCUGCUGCCCCAAUGUCUGUAACGACUGGACUUGUUAGAAAGCCCUUCACAUACUCUACCACUGAGCUAUGCCAAACAAGAUCACAGCUUUGAAACUGGCAGUUCAAAAGUUCCUAUGGUACUUUACGGGAAAGACAUAAACAUUAAACAUCAGAAAUAAGAACCCUUGUGAUAGGCUGGCUCAGAGGUACAUAACUUGCUUGCAGGCACAAGGACCCAAGUUUGAUCUCCAAGUACUGCAAUAAAUAAAAAGAGUUCAAACCAGUGUGAUGGUGUGCCGUGCUGUGAUCCAAGCACUUGGGGGGCAGAGGCAGAGGAUCAGGAGUUCAAGACCAUCUUUGGCUAUAUGCGACCUUCUCUGAAAAACAAACAACAGCAAAAAACAACCAACCAAACCCCCCCAAAAAAUGGUAAAUAAUACAACAGAAGUGCACAUGACGAAAGUGGAGCAGUGCCUCAAAUUCUUUGGACAGAACUCCAUAAAGUGAAUUACACAAGUUUCACAUAGGGUUUUGUUUUGUUUUUGAGACAGGGUCUCACUACAUAUCUUUGGUUGUCAUGGAUCUCACUCUGUAGUCCAGGCUGGUCUUGAGCUCACAGAGAUCUGCCUGCCUCUGCCUCCCAAGUGCUGGGGCUAAAUGUGUGUGGUACUCUGCUUGGCUAUCACAAAGGUUCUUUCUUCUCUCUCUCUCUCUCUCUCUCUCUCUCUCUCUCUCUCUCUCUCUCUCUCUCUCUCUCUCUCUCUUUCUUUUUCUUUCUUAUAUAUACAACAGUCUGCCUUCCAUGUAUGCCCAUACGCCAGAUCUCAUUACAGAUGGUUGUGAGCCACCAUGUAGUUGCUGGGAAUUGAACUCAGGACCUCUGGAAGAGCAGCCAGUGCUCUUAACCACUUAGCCAUCUCUCCAGCCCCUAUCACAAGAGUUCUUAUCUAAACUGUGGAGAACGUAUUGCUAUUUUCAUGAAGUUGAUAUACACAUAAUAGCAACUUGGAUAAAAGCCAAAGAAAAUGCACUGAUUUUGAAAAACAAAACUUAGAGGACUGGAGAGAUGACUUGGCCAUUAAGAGCACUUGCUGUUCUUCCAGAGGAUGUGUCCCAUCACACACAUGGUGGUUCAUAACCACCUUUAAUUCCAGUUUUAGGGAAUCCAAUACCCUCUUCUGACCUCUGUAGGCACCAGGCAUGUAGUAGUGCAUACACAUGCUUGCAGGCAAAACACUCACACAUAAUAAAAGAGUUGCAUAAGUCUAAUAAAAAGUUAAAAUAUAUUCUAGUAUUUAAAAAGAUCUUAAAAGGAUAC